GGCCUUCCCUCAUUAUUCCUUCCUUGUCUUUCGUUUCCUCUCCUCGACCACGGCAAUGGCUUCUCCAAACCCUAAUCAGAAAUCGUCCCUCUAUCCAGAGGUGAUCCAAUCAAACCCCGAGGCAUCGUAUCAGCCGUCUUCCCCUGGGAACAUCUACCCUACCAUUGACAUGCGUGACCUCGUCGAAAACCUAUUCCCCGAACCCCCUGUGAUUUCCGGCAACCGCAACUACCCUGAUGAUGAUGUGCAUGUGCCGUCUGCGCCACCGUUGGCCACGGAGGAGGUCCUGAUCAAGAUAUCCGGUGCCAUUCUCCAUCUGAUUGAUAAAUCCUACAGCGUGGAGCUCGCUUACGGUGAUUUUACCGUUCUCCGACUCUGUCAGGGGGGAAAUCUCGUGGCUGUGCUUGCCCGUGUCGGGGAUGAAAUCCAGUGGCCUUUAACAAAAGAUGGAACCGCUGUUAGACUGGACGAAUGCCACUAUUUCUUCUCUCUUCGCUUCCCUAGUAGUGAAGAAGAUGAAGAUGAUAAAUCUAAGAAAAAGGGGGGUUCUCGCCCGGGCUUAGAUGAGAAUUUGCUUAAUUAUGGUUUGACGAUCGCGUCUAAAGGACAAGAAGCAUUGUUGAGAGAACUGGACGGUGUAUUGCAGGGUUAUAGCUGUUUUUCAGAGCAGAAGGUGAAGGAGAAGGGGGAAGAGGUGCUGGAUGGGGCUGUGGCUGCAGCAAGGGAUACUGCCCCCGCAGAUUUGAAAUCAGGGAAGACGAAGGAAGUGAUGGAGGAGAGAUGUGCGGCUUACUGGACAACAUUGGCACCCAAUGUGGAGGAUUACAGUGGGACUGCAUCCAAGUUGAUUGCAGCAGGGUCCGGGCAGCUUAUUAAGGGGAUAUUGUGGUGUGGGGAUGUGACUGUGGACAGGUUGAAGUGGGGAAAUGAGGUGCUAAAGGAGAGGAUGACUCCUGGUGAGAAUGUAGAGAUUUGCCCGGAGACAUUGAGGAGGAUACAGAGGGUUAAAAGGAUUACACAAACAACGGAGAAAGUGGCAAAUGGCGUUCUGUCUGGAGUUGUGAAAGUUUCUGGAAUUUUUUCAAGUAAACUUGCGAACUCAAAGGCGGGAAAGAAAUUUUUUGGUCUCCUACCAGGGGAAAUGAUUCUUGCAACCCUGGAUGGAUUCAGCAAAGUAUGCGAUGCUGCUGAAGUAGCUGGAAAAAAUGUGAUGGCAACAUCUUCCACGGUGACUACUGAUCUUGUCACCCACAGAUAUGGGGACAAAGCCGCUGAGGCUACAAGUGAAGGGCUUGAUGCUGCAGGGCAUGCCGUAGGGACUGCAUGGAUUGCAUUUAAGGUCCGACAGGCACUUAAUCCCAAAAGUGUGUUAAAACCAAGCUCGCUGGCUAAGGCUUCAGUAAAGGCAGCUGCUGCUGAGUAUAAGGCCAAGAAUUCCAAGUAAUUUCUAGCCUGCUACAGCAAAUCAAGCGAAGUAGAGAUCUAGAAUCUAGUAUUAUUUGUUCACUUCCAAAGCAUCAUGAGUGAUUAAUACCAGAGUUAUUUGUUUGUAGAUACUGAUGUUAGACAAGUGAUAUAUUGCUUGUAACAUUUCCUUUCUUAAUCUCCAUCGAGACAUUUUUUCAUUCAUGGCAGGAAUUUGAAAACUAAUU